GAAUAAUGGGAUUUCCCUAACCAUUGACCUUUGCCCUUUGCCCUGUGCCUCUGUUUUUUCCCACUAGACAAGAACUUGAUCUUGAAGAUGAAGAUGAAUCUCAUAAUUCUUCUUCUAUCAUUAUUGUCUUGUUCAAUUCUCUCUCAUCUUCUUGCAAAUCCCAACUCUAUUGUUGAUUUCAAUUUCCCAGCAGUUUUCAACUUCGGCGAUUCCAAUUCCGACACUGGCGAGAUUUCCGCCGGCCUCGGCGUCCACCUCAGCCUUCCCUAUGGCUGCACUUAUUUCCACAAAUCAUCUUCAAGGACGUGCGAUGGCCGUCUUGUCAUUGAUUUUCUAAUGGAUGCAAUGGGGCUGCCAUUUUUAAAUCCCUAUUUGAAUGCAAUUGGGGCUCCAAGUUUCAGGAAUGGAUGCAAUUUUGCAGCUUCAGGUUGUACUGUACUUCCAGCUACUGCACAAUCUAAUUGCCCCUUUUCAUUUGGGAUUCAGGUAUCUCAAUUUCUGCAAUUCAAGGCUGAGGUUCUGAGACUGCAAUCUGAGACAAAAGAACUUGACAAGUACCUUCCACCAGAGGAUUAUUUCAACAAGGGGCUUUACAUGUUUGACAUAGGCCAAAAUGAUCUUAGAGUUGACUAUGAUUCCAUGCCGUUGGACCAAGUUCUUGCUUUCAUUCAAACAAUUUUAGCAGAAUUUGAAGCUGGGAUUAAGAAACUAUACGAGGAGGGGGCGCGAAAUAUUUGGGUUCAUAACACGGGUCCUCAUGGUUGCUUGGCUCAGAUUAUUGCAAAAUAUGGAACCGAUCCAUCGAAGCAUGAUGAGCAUGGGUGUUUGAGCUCACAUAACCAGGCUGCAAAAAUUUUCAACUUGCAGCUCCAUGAACGCUGCAAAAAAUUGCAGAGCCAAUACUCAGAGGCAAAUAUAACUUAUACCAACAUCUUUGCAAUCAAGUUUGAUCUCAUUGUUAACUGUUCUCGGUAUGGAUUUAAGCAACCAAUAAUGGCGUGUUGCGGGUAUGGAGGUCCACCUUUGAACAAUGAUAUCAUGUGUAGUCAAACAAAAGUCUUGAAUGGGAGGUCAGUCACAGCCAAAGCGUGCAGUAAUAGUGCUGAAUAUGUGAGUUGGGACGGAGUUCAUUUAACAGAGGCUGCAAACCGGUAUAUCUCAACACAAAUUCUCUCUGGGAAAUUUUCUGAUCCACCCUUCUCAAGCAAGAUGCCGUCCCUUCUCAACCUCGAGUUUUGAAAACCAGUAUGUUUAUUGUUGUUUUUUAUUCUCUUUUCCAAAUCUAUUGCAUACUCUAGGUUGAUGAUGAAUUUAUGUUCUUACAAAUGGCAUGGAAUUACUAGUUUCCUAAAUUGUGUUGAUUUAGUUUUCAUAUUUUAGGUGUUUCUUGUUCUACAAGAAUUAUGUCUAGUUUAUUAUUAAUAACGAGGCAAGCAUCAUGCCUCAAUAGUUGUAUAGUUUAUAAUUACUAUAGAUUUUCAUUCAGAGUUUUAUUUUUUUCAAUUAUUCUGAUAAUCUUUGGAUUCAACGGAGUUAAAGAAGAGUUAUGGUGUUCUUAUUGCUA